GUGUCUGCAUAUGCGCGUGCGUUUCCAAGCAAAACGGGAGGAGAGGAAGAGAGGAGGGCAGCCAGACUUUGUGUGCAUCAUCUGUGUGCGUGUGUGUGAGUGUGUGUGUGUGUGUGUGUGGUGAGGGAGGUGGGAGGGGUGUAUCCUAGCGGAGAGCUUUUCCCUGUUGUAGUAACCAACCACACGCCGACUGCCAGCCAUUACUUCACUGCAGCAGCAAUCAGCUCCUCUGUACUUAGUGAGCCAGACACACUAACCUGUCUGUCCCCUCCUCUCUGUCUCUCUCUCUACCUCUCUCUCUCUCCCUCUCUCUCUCUCUCUGCAUACUCAGCAGUGCUGCCCUCCUCUCCUCCUCUCGUCACUUCGUCACUCCUGCAGCGCUGCUCUCUGCUUGAAGGGGACACUGGCCUGCUCCUCACCCACUGAUUCUGCAUGACUGUCACAAAGAUGUCAUGGCGUCCGACCUACCGAAGCUCCAAGUUUCGAAAUGUCUACGGAAAGGUGGCCAACCGGGAGCACUGCUUCGACGGCAUCCCCAUCACCAAGAACGUCCAUGACAACCACUUCUGUGCCGUCAAUGCCAAGUACCUGGCCACCGUCACCGAGAGCUCCGGUGGGGGCUCGUUCAUCGUCGUACCAGUUUCCCAGUCUGGCCGCAUAGACCCUCACCACCCAAAAGUGUGUGGCCACCAAGGCAAUGUGCUGGAUAUCAAGUGGAAUCCCUUCUUUGAAAACAUCAUAGCAUCGUGCUCUGAGGACACCUCGGUACGAGUAUGGGAGAUCCCAGAAGACGGUUUGAGGCGCAACAUGACGGAGGCAGUGCUGGAGCUGUACGGUCACAGCCGACGCGUGGGCCUCAUCGAGUGGCACCCCACCAGCAGUGGCAUCCUCUUCAGUGCUGGCUACGACUACAAGAUCCUGAUAUGGAACCUGGAGAUUGGUGAGCCGGUGAAAAUGAUCGACUGCCACACUGAUGUCAUCCUCAACAUGUCCUUCAACACGGACGGCAGCCUGCUGGCCACCAGCUGUAAAGACAAAAAGCUGCGUGUCAUUGAGCCACGCUCCGGCAGAGUCCUUCAGCAAGCCAGCUGUAAGAACCACCGCGUGAACCGCGUUGUGUUCCUGGGCAACAUGAAGCGGCUGCUGACCACAGGAGUGUCUCGCUGGAACACCCGGCAGAUCGCCCUCUGGGAUCAGGAGGACUUGUCCAUGCCAAUUGUUGAGGAGGAGAUAGAUGGCCUCUCAGGACUGUUGUUCCCUUUCUACGAUGCUGACACACACAUGUUGUACCUGGCAGGCAAGGGGGACGGCAACAUUCGAUACUUUGAGAUUACCACAGAGAAGCCCUACAUCCAGUACCUAAUGGAGUUCAGGUCCCCUGCGCCGCAGAAAGGGCUCGGUGUGAUGCCAAAGCACGGGCUGGACGUGGCGGCCUGCGAGGUGUACCGCUUCUACAAGCUCGUCACUCUCAAGGGCUUGAUCGAGCCCAUUUCCAUGAUUGUGCCAAGGAGGUCAGACACCUACCAAGAAGACAUCUACCCGAUGACAGCAGGAACACAACCGGCCCUGACAGCCACUGAAUGGCUGAGCGGUAUUGAUAGAGACCCGGUGUUGAUGUCCUUGAAGGACGGCUACCACCGGCCCAACCAGUUAGUGUUCAAAGCCCCGGUGAAGGAGAAGAAGAGCGUGGUGGUCAAUGGCAUCGACCUGCUGGAGAACGUACCGCCCAGGACGGAGAACGAGCUCCUGCGGAUGUUCUUCCGGCAGCAGGACGAGCUGCGGCGGUUGAAGGAGGAGCUGACCACCAAGGACGUGCGAAUACGCCAACUGGAGCUGGAGCUCAACAACCUGAAGAACGUUAGCCCCAACAACAUCUGACCUCCUCCUCCUCUGGACUGGCCAAACAGCUUCCUUUGCCCCGAAUCCCAACCUCCAACAAGCUUCUGACCCCCCCCCCCAUAUUUUCUGAUAUAUCACAUUAUAUAAUAACUUCACUCCUGCUGCCCUGGAUGGCACACACUUGUAAUCACUGUUGGAUAAUGUUAUGACUGGUACAAUUACUGGAAUAUUAUAAGACAAAGAUGAUAACUAAUGCAGGCAAGGCCAUGUUCGUGGAUUGCCAGCUUAACAUCAAAUUGAUGCAGAGAAAGGUUUGUCAUCCAACCAAUACUGGAAUUAUUUAUGCUUUUACAAAUUAACAGUCAUUGAUGUAUCAUAUUGUUGCCACUUUGGUGAUGAAUCAUUAUAUAUUUUGUGGUUUGUCCUGAGGCAGGCAUAUCUCUUGAGCGUUUGUCUCAAUCCAAACCAUUAUCAAAAUCGUACCAUCCAUACAGCAAACCCUGAUCUUCACCCAGUAAGAGCCCCUAGACCGACCCACCCACCCACCAAAUUACCUCCCACUUGGUUUCUCUUUUGUCACAAGAAGCAAAAUUGGGAAUAAAUGACUUUCACUGGCUCCCGUUUUUCCUCCCCCAAGGCCUUAGACCCGCUGCAGGCCGAUUCUGCAGCAAGCUGCGGCAACAUCUCAAAACAUUUGAAGUUAGUUUGAACCUGACAGAUGAGGAGAGCGCCACAAUUUUGCAGACAUGGACCGUGUUGCAGAGCUGCUUAUCUUGUAACUUCCUUCCUCUUCUACAGUGUUGUUGGCUAUAAAAGCAAAAAAACAAACAAAAAAAAAAAAAACAAGAAAAAAAAACUUCUCAAGACUGACAUAUAGCUAUCCAAAUGUAGUCUUUUUUAUAGGAGAGUGAGUAGUUCGCUCACCUUUACUAUUUUUAUUCCUUAUUUAAACAGUGAGACAGAGGCAGGGGAGAGACAUGCAGAUCCAGAGGUGGGGGUCUUAACUGCUCGACCAUCUCAAAUGUAGUCUUAAGGGUAGAUUUGCAGACCAUUGUUUUUUUUUUUUUUUUUUUUAGGGUUAUUUUUUUGGGAGGUAUGUACAUUUGCUUUUAUUUAUUUGUCUCACUUUACCUCUUUAGCUAAUAACACAUGUAUUUUUGUUAAUUUCCUUGUCUUUAUAUGAUGUGGCUGUGCAAAUAAUGACUGUGGUGCUUGGUCGAUUUUGCUAACUGAGGUGUCCCCGUGGAAAUGGUGCAAGAUUUGGGGAAAAAAAGAAGAAAAAAAAAAAACUGUGCCCUGAGCGGUAUUAGUUCCUUGACUGCAUUAUAACAUUCCUAUAAGUUUGAGGUUUGGUAAUAUAUUCUUACCUAUGCCUAACACUACAGCAAACUGUACUAUUGAGCAUCAUUUUCAAGAGAAUCACUAUUAUUAAAAUGUGCUUAGCUAGAGAUCUGUAAUGUAAUUUAGUUGUAUAGAAAAUGCUUUCUGAUUAACCAUAUUCACUGCUAGUCUGGCAAAAUAAGCAGACCUGGGCUACACAGUGCUAUUGAAAGACAGGCAUUUUUACCAGUACCGCUUCCAUCCUUGAGUCUGAAAUUUUCAGAGAAGUGGGGGCUGGAUUAACAUUUGAUUGGCUCCACUACACCAGCCCAGUUCAAGCAAUCAUCAGAAAAGAGCCCGGAAAGAUUUCAUGUGUCAUUUUAAUCCAGGUACCAAUCACAAUCAGCUUUGCUAUAUUACUGAUUUCAUCCCUGAUGGACUGAGAGAAGGAAAAAGAUGGGCCUCUUAUAUGUACAGCCAUAAUGGAGUAUGUACCGCAGGUAAGUAAGGACUACUAAGGUCAUGUUCCUCACACGUCACACAGGGGACAUCAUUUUAUAGUUUCAAACCAACAAGGGAGAGAAAAAAAAAACUGGAACUGGAACUGGAACUGGAUAUGUUUAGUAAUUGUUCCUUGCAAGCAAAAACAAAAGGCUAUACUGAAAGUGUGAAAGGGCAUAUGGCAAAAUGGUCUGCCAGAGAGCGGUCGCAUACUGUGGAGAGACAAGCAAUGUUGAGGUUGAAGUUGUGCUUUUGUGGAUGUACUCCAACUGUUGUUCAAAUAAAACCAGUUCACCAUUUAUUCCUGGGACCCCAGGUUAACACUGCAGCGUGAAAUAUAACAAGCUUUUUAAAAUGACCAAAACAAUGUCUGUCGCUGCAGCUGCUUCUUGUUGCAAGUCUUUUUUUUUUUUUUUUUUUUUUUUAGCAUCGUAAUCUGGACAAACUAGUGGUAUGUUAAUUCCUCCAGAAUUACUUGGCACUGAAUUCAUGAUGAGUGAUUAUUUAAGGAGACCAACCGGUAAGAUACAACUGAGAUUUUCAGCACUUAAAAAUGAUUCUGUUACAACUGUUUAGUGGUUAAUUCUCAUCCAACAUGUAAAGCGUACCAUCUGGAGGGGGAGAAAAAAGAAUGAAGAGGAACUUGAUGUGCCACCUACUAGUACAAUUAUGUAUUAAACAUUAACUUUCUACUAAGCAGCUAUUAUGCAAAGACCACAGACAUC